UCACACGAUCCACGGAAACCCCAAUGCGUAGCCUACAGAAAUAACGUCAUAAUACAUCAUAACACUGAGGAAGUGAGAACUUUGAACAGUAGAGGCUGGCACAGUACAAGCACCUGUAGCCUGAUGUCACAUUUCUCCGUAACUGAAACCUUCAUUUAACGCACAACUGCGCGAGACGCAGCACACACACCAGCCAUCAUGAACAGCCCGAGAAAACCGGGCAGCUUCCCCGCAACAAACCCUGACCAACCCAAAGCCAAAACUCAAACAAAAGCAAAUGCAAAUGAGAAGAGUAAACAGCAGAAGACUGACAGGGAGGAUAAGUCUCCGGAGCGCGCAGAGGCCAAGCUGCCAAAACUGGGAAGCAGAAAGCAACCUCAUGACAAAUCAACACCAAAACAGGAUAAUCGACAGAGUAAGAAGCAGAGAGAUCUCAGACAGUCUUCGGAGAACUCCGAGAGUAAGCACGAAGAAAACGGCGCUUCUGUUCCCAAAAACGCAAACAAUGUUGGCAAGAAUGAGAAACAAGACAGUGCACAGAGAAAGCAUCAGAGUAAAUCCGAUGAAAAACCAGCACCAAAAUGUCAGAGAAAAAAGGAGAGAGAUCUUUCAAACAAUGACAAAGAAGAAUCUCUGGAGAGCUCUAAAGGCAAAUUGGACGCAAAACCUAGGCAGCGGCAUGAAUCCGCUAUUAAAACAGAUGUUUCUCAGGACGCUUCUCCAGCGGUUAGUGCGCACAGCCCGGAUCGCCAAGAGAAAAGCGCAGAACAAACCCCAAAGAGAGUCGACGACACACUGGGAAAGGUUCUUAAGGCAACUAUUGACAAAUUAAAGAUCAAGAAGAACGAGCGGUCUAAUGCGUCCAGUUGUGUUAAUGACAUAACAGAUAAAGUCAUUGCAUUCCUGAAACGAAACACCACCUGGUGUGAAGAGAUCGAGAGGUUACGAACUGGAAGUUAUUAUGAAAACGUUAAAAUUUGUGAACCAGAUGAAUUUGAUGUGAUGCUGACUAUUCCUGUGGAGCGAGUGGACAUUCGGGAGUUUGAUGAGGCCGGAGCAUUUUACAGUAUUGCACUGAAACGACAUCCGACAAGACAUCCUCUGGACAGAUUUCUAAAUGAAGACAAGACCAUUCAGGCCAGCGAAAUGAUGAGUGAAUUCAGAGACGCCGUCAAGAAGGCUGUGGAGAAACUUCCAUACCAAAUUGAGAUACAGCGAAAAAAGCCUAAAUGCCCUGCAGUGACACUGGAAAUAAAAAUGGGAGAAAACGGAAAGACUAUUUCUGUAGACUUCGUUCUUGGUCUCAAGGUUCAUCGUGCAAGCUGGCCAGACUUUACAAAAGAUGGCUUCAAAAUAGAAAACUGGCUUGGUAAGAAGGAGAAAGCUAAUAUGAAGCAUCAACCAUUCUACCUGGUGCCUAAAUAUGAGGGAAAGGGAAACACGGAGCAUGAUGGAGUUGUUGCAAAAGAUACCUGGCGAAUUUCUUUUUCGCACGUCGAAAAACUAAUUCUGAAUAAACAUGGCCACUCCAAGACAUGCUGUGAAGAGGUUGGACAGAAAUGUUGCCGGAAGGACUGUCUAAAGCUCCUGAAGUAUCUUCUUCAACAGCUCAAAGAGGUUGACUCCAAAUCCAAUAAGAUGUCCAGUUUCUGCUCCUAUCAUGCAAAGACCACCCUUCUUCAUGCUUGUGCCACAAGGGGAACUGACAACGAGUGGGCUUACAGUCAGCUGGCCAACUGCUUCAAGCUGCUUUUGGAAGAAUUUGUGAAAUAUCUAAGAAUUCGUCAUCUCCCUAACUUUUUCGUUCCAUCCCAUAAUCUCUUACAUCAAGCCUCUCAGAGUAGCUGUGAUUUCCUGGCAAAUGCAGUUGAAUUUCAGUGCAAUAACAACUUUCCAAUAUUCAGUUAAUUUUGAU